AUAAAACAGUGAAUUAAAGCUGAAAUUUUGAUAGAAGUGAUAGCAUUGGAAUUGCAGAACUAUAAAACGCUGAAGAUUAUAUGAUUUCUCAUUGGAAAACAAGAAAAAUUGGGGAAAUUUCUUUUGUGAUCGUGAGACUAACAACUUGAUUUCACUAAAUUUCAAGUUCAAAUCUCGACUUUAAUUAAACUAUAUGCAAUUGCCAUCAAAGAUACGUGAUGAAUAAACAUAAUAGACAACUUUUUGCUGGAAAGUGACUUAAGAAACGUGAAAAAAUUAAAGAAAAUACGGCGAAUAUAGAUGCCGCUAGUGUCGAUAUACCCUUCAGUAGUCUCGUUCAAUAAAAAGAAAAAAAUUGCUUGGCUGAAUUCCUCUGUUGGGUCAGUGCUUUGUGUAAUCGUUUCGUGGUUAGGUCGUUGUGCCUGCGCGUAAUAAUAAAAUUAACAAACAAUUCUAUGAUAAACAACGACAAAUAAUCAUUUGGAGAAGAAAAAUAUCUCGUGAAUCUACAAUUAGUUUAUGCAGAAAAAAAAAUCGAAGCAACAUUAAAAAAUAUCUCAAUGUUGAAUGAAAUGAAAGUAUAAAUACGAGAAGAAGAAGAAGAAGAAGAAGGAAAAGGCAUUUAUAGGUGGAAACAAGAAUAAAUAAAUAAGCCUGCCCUCAUAUGAAGAAGUAAUAAAUGAGUACAUCAAAAUAAUAAUUUUUAGUAUAUUAAAUAUUAUAAUUCAGCUAAUAAGAGAGUGAAGACUGAGAGUGUUUCAGAUAAAAAGCAAUCAUAAAAAUCCCCUGAGAAAACUUCCAGCUGGGUGUGUGUGUGCGUGCGUAUACAAAAUCAACAUAUAAAAUUUUCUCGUCUACAAACCAUGACAACAUUUGCACCAGCUGUAAAAGAGGAGCGACAUGAUGAGGCAGAAAUAGCAGAGCUGGCAGCCAAAAUGGUUGAAGCUCAUAAAACGCAAGCGGCAAAGCAAGCAACACAACAAGUAUCGAAUCAAGUACUUUUAGGAUCACAAACGCAACAGACUCCUGGAAGUAUUUUAAAUUUUAUUCAACGUAAACCAAUCACAACGGCAAUGGCUCAACCAGUGCCGUCAACGACAUCAAGCACAUCAAAUGGAACCAGCAAUGGUUACUCUACAGUCGAUGAUGGAAGACCCGCAGAUGAAGAGAGUCUCAAAGGUCAUUUCGGAUGGGAAUCGUUCAAUGGUGGGAAGAUUCAUAUUCCUUACAUCAUCCGACAGACAGAAAAAUAUUGCGCAGUGCGUAUCGUCGAACAGAAAUUGCUCAACAAGUAUCUUAAUGUACUACAUCAGGAUCUCUAUAAUUGCACAAGUGUUAGAAGUUACUACAUCACAGACGUCGAAGCUCGACUUCUUGACGAGAUAAAUUUUCGUCACUGUGAUCAAUGUUUUGGUAAAGAGAAAUUCAGUAUGAAAGAUCUCAUUGUGCGGCUUAGUGAUGCACAAAAGUUCCAACAAUUCCUGGAAGUGUGCUACAAGAAGCUCACAAACUUUUCAACACCAAAUGAUAAAUGCGGAUUUAUUAGAAUAAACAGUGAAUCUGUGGUUCCUUAUACAGUGCGUGAUGGUCAAAAAAUGGUUCCAUUAUUCUACUUUGAAGGCGAGACAGACAAUCUAAAGUUAAAAGCUGAUUCUUUAAGUGGAUGGGAUCUUUCAUACUUAAAGUUUUGUUGUAAAGUGCAAGGAAUUAGAAAUGAAUUGUUUGCAAGUGAAACUGUAUCUGUAAUUAGUCUAGAUGACAUUAAAAGCUAUUUUCCACAAGGAACACAAUUUGAAGAUUAUUGGCCGAAUAAAGUUGUUGAUACGCAACUUCUUGUUGGUGGUCAAAAGUCACAUAACAACACAAUCAAUUGGACACAUCCGCCUCCCAAACAAAUCACCAACACUGUUCAACGAAGUCAACAACUUCAGCAACAGCAAAAACAACAACAGCAGCAGCAGCAGCAGCAACGUGCGAUGACUGGUGGAAGUGUCGGUGGACUUCAACACAUGUAUUCAAAUAAUGUUGACAUGAAUUACUUAAGAACGAUGCAACAAAGUGGAAUGUCUAAUCAACAGGCUUUAACUAGUGGAUGGAGCAGUCAAAUAACUCAGUCGCAAUAUGAUCAAAUGUUAAGACUAUCAGCUCAAACUAAACAGAAUUCUUCAUCAAGACCGUACACAAGUCGUCAACAACAGCAACAAAUUCAUAGCCUCUUACAAAGUCAACUUUAUCCCUAUUCAAAUGCUGCCAGUAUGUCAUUGAAUAGUAAUGGAAGUUCGAGAACAGGAACACAACAACCACCGCCACUUGUACGCUCUCAACAACAGCAAUCUCAAAUGUCGAAUUGUGGUGUAAGUGGUUCAGCGCCCCAAUUACGCUCCUCCACAAAUCCUCCACCAUCCACCUCACAAUCCACAGCCACCUAUCCUUAUAUAGCCAGCAAUAAUGUUAAUAGUAGUAACAAUAAUAGCAAGAGUAACAGUAAUGUUGUGACAAUUACGCGCUGCCCAACGAACACAUCAACUUCAACACAAAGUCAAAAUUCGUCUUAUCUUAAUAGAAUUCCUGCCUCGACGACCAUUACACCCACACAAUAUUACAAUAGCAAAGACAAUUCGUUACCUUCAUCCUUGUCAAUUUAUCCAAAAAACUCACAAACGGGUCACGCGCGUAGUAUCAUUCAAAGUUCAGUUUCUCCCGUGAUUGCAUCACCAACACGAGCAAGUCCACAGGCGGGCUAUGCAAAACAACCUUCCAUCUCACCUGCAUCAUCAAUGCACAUACUUCCUGCUGUCAUGCAACAGCAACUUGAUGAGCUUUUGUUAAAGCAAAACUUUACAGGAAUUGCAAAUCCUGAAUUUUUAAAAGAAACUCUCUUAACAUACAAUAGCAUUUAUGCAAAAGCACGACAGCAACAAAAUGCUGCUGCUAUUGCUGCUGCAGCUGCUGCUGUUGGAGCUGGCAAUCAAUCCUUAUCCUCAUCCAAUCAAUCCUCAUUUCCUGUUCGAAAUAAGAGCGUAAUUACAACAUCAAGAGCGAGUGCCAUGGAUGUAAUCGAUCUAUCUGCUUCUAAUUCCCCCACUCCAUCAAGGUCGAUCCAAGCUGCCGCCGCACUUCAAUUUCAACAAGCACAAGCGUCCGUUGCCAAUAAACGAGCGCAAAAUGGCCAAUAUUUGAAUGGUGGUAGUCAAUCGUCAUCACGUUCAAUGCAAUCAUCAUCAUCAUCAUCGUCAUCAUCAUCAACAGCAAGACUACAGCAACAAAUACAAAUGCAGAAUCCCCUAGCUGGAAUUAAUGGCUAUGGAACAACAGCAUACAAAAUUGAAAAGAGUUUCAUUGAGAAUCAAAUGGUUCAUUGUAUAAAUAUGAUUCCUUAUUCACCAAACAGUGACAUGAUAAUUCCACUAAGCGAGUUAAGAGAUCAAUUUUAUCCAAAUGCUAAUCUCGAUGUGUGCAAGAGAGUUAUGCAAGCGCUUGAAAUUAAUCUAUUCAGUGGAACCAAACCCCAAUAUCAAGCUUACAGUGAGCUUGGCAAAACAAUUGCUGAUAAUAUUCCGUUUGUACGUGUUCUUGACGUCAUAACGUACAUGCCGCAAAUUAAUUAUAUGGUUCGAGGACAAAUGCAAGAAGCAAAAAAUGCAUCAAAACGUGCUCGUAUCAGCUAGGAAUCGGGAAUGGGGACACUCACAACAUCACCAUCGUGUCCCCAAACGACACUUCUGUCAUCGGCGACAUCUAAAGCAUCAUCAGCAUCAUCAUCAUUACCUACCAAAGCAUCAACUAAUGACUAUAAUAAUUUCUCUGACUUUUGGCAACAAAUGUCUCAUGGAUUGUUGUUAAAGAAGAAGGAACAUCAUAUCCAACAUCAACUUUUACUUCAACAACAACAGCAAAUGACUCAAAUUCAAUCACUUCAUCAUUCAUUUCCUUCUCCAAUUACGCCAACUUUUGAUAAGAAAGUUUUCUCGUCGCCACCGUCUUCGAGCUGCCGUUUUGACGGAGCUGGAAGUAAUGGAAGUUCAUCAGCAAGUACUCAUCUUCCGACAGAAGUAUCGUCUAAUGUUUCUCUUUAUUCAUCGCCAUCAUCUUCAAGUGCAUCAACACCUGGGCUGUCAACAAGUAAUCAAAGACAUUCAUAUAGUCAAUAUCCAUUCAAUGACGUUUAUGGAUCAAGCGGAAGUUUCUUAAGUUCUUCAUAUGCAGCAGCAGCAGCUGUUGGAUCAUCUCAUCACGAUUUAACAAGAUCUUCGUGUUCAGCUUUACCAUCGCCGACAAUUUAUCCUCCAACACCACCACCAUCUACACCUUGGAUACAUCCAGCAUGGUUUGGUUCAUUAGAAUCAGCUGGUUAUAUGAAAACACCAAAAUCAAAUCCAUUUGAUAAUUGAAGAUGAAAUCGAUGUUAUAAUUACGAGAACCAUAGAAUAUUAUCAAUGAAACUAAUAUCUUCUUAUUUAAAACUCAUUUCUUCUUCGUCAAAAUCGCUAGGAACCAAUGCAACUUUAAGUAAAUAUAUGAACACAUGAAGUAUAAUGUUUAGUUCUAAGUACUUUAUUUCUCUUAACUUUCAUCUGUUUUAUUUAUUACAAUGAGUUAGUCUUACUUCUAUUAUAAAUUAUAUUUCAUUUUUCACUUAAAGUUCCAAAUAGAAAUGUAAGCGUAGAAGAAUAUAAAAAAGUUAGACAAGAAGAAGUUACUCGUAACUAAAUAAAUAAAAAAUGUAUGUUUUCCAAAACAGAAUAAUUAAUAAUUAAAAGUAAUGAUAACUUAAUUCUAAGAUGCGAGAAAAGAAAAAGAAAUAUUUAAUAUUCAAAAACGCUCCAAACAUUUCAACACAAAACACAUUGGAUAUGUGAAAUUGAUGUUAAGUAGAAAGAAAAUUUUAAGGCUGCAAAAAGAUUCUCUUUGAGAUUUCUUCUAGUUAGAAUGGAUUAAUAAGAGAUCAAUAACUCUAUAAAUGUAAAUUCAACCAGCAAACAUAUAUUUUUCUGAUGUGCUUGUAACAAAUCAUGUAAGUAAAUUCAUUUAGGUCUUGUCUCUUUCUCGCAAAUGGCUGGUCAAAGAGUAAAUAUGUUAAAUCGAUUUAGUUUUUAAGAUGAAAUAUUUGACGAUCAAUCAAGUUUAAUAACUUAUAUCUUCAGAACGAAGAAAAACAAGAAAAAUCCUACUCAAUACAAGAAAUAAAAGAAUAAAUAAGAAGGAAGACGUUGAAAUAAA